AAAUGAAUGAUGUAGACAAAUGGAAAUGAGCACUUGUGAAUUGGUGAUUUCAAUGCCCUGUGACCGAAGUAAAGAUAAAAAGAAAAAAGGACUUGUGGGGUGAAAUUGUAAUAUCAACACACUCUGGGGUUAUCAUCUGGUAUAAAAUCCCAAAACCCCAAGAGGUUUUAGAUAAGAGAGAGAUGCGUUGGACUAGUGCAACUCCCCUUGUAUCUGCAACUCCUCCAAAGCUUCACCAAACCUCUCCCUUCUAUGCUUCUCCUUUUUCUUCUUCUUACUCUUCAUUUCCAACUGUUAAAGUUUCAUCUAGCUUGUCACAGAGGUUUAGCAUUAGGUCACUUUCUUCAACGAGACAGAUAUGCAGAGCAGCAGCCGAGUACAGAUUCCCGGACCCAAUUCCUGGGUUUGCUGAUGCUGAGACAGAGAAGUUCAGGACCCAUCUCCUGAAUAAGCUUUCCAAGAAAGAUUUAUAUGAAGACUCUGUUGAAGAGGUUGUAGGGAUCUGCACUGAGAUAUUUGGUACUUUCAUGCACACCGAGUAUGGUGGUCCUGGAACGCUCUUGGUAGUUCCCUUCAUUGAUAUGGCUGAUACUUUAAACGAGCAAGGAUUACCUGGAGGGCCGCAAGCUGCGCGUGCUGCCAUCAAAUGGGCACAGAAUCAUGUUGACAAGGACUGGAAGGAAUGGACUGGUGAUGACAACUGACAUGAAACCUGGUUUGCUAGUUCAUCUGUAGGUUAUAGAGUUGAUCAAGCGGUUUGGAUGCCUAUUAUGCUUGUCAAACUGUUGAAGAAGAAUAAAAAAAAAAAAAUCAUUGCUUUUUGUUGUAAUACUGUGGUGGAGGUGUGUUGUCUGUUGUAAGAUUUAUGAGAGUAUCUAUUGUUAGGCAUUAAUCAAAAUCUGUUCGUAAGAGUUUAGACCUU